AUGCCUCCAACCAAGCCUUCUGAGCGUCUGCUCACAUAUCCUCCCAUGGAGCGACAAGACCUCAACCAGGCCCAGCUGGGCAGCUUCAAGUUCACUCCGGUCGACAACAUUCAUUCUCUCACUUCCAUCGCAACCAAGUAUCUGAACCAGCAGCUUGCUCAAAACCUCGCUAAAGCUUCUAUGCCCAAAACUUCAGACCGCACCCUCAACGCGUCUUUGGGACACAAAACUGCCGACGUAGCCACUCGGAUGCUCGAUCCUCACAAUCAUCCUCUUCCGGCUGAUCCAGAGUUCUUCAAUGCACAUAUCAAACCUCACCUUGGUGAGUCGCGCUUACAGUUGGGUCCUGCUGCUCUGAGAUCGGCUGUAGAGGGAGCCGCCAGGAGUCCUGCAAAGAGACCUCGUCUGGAGUUUGAUGGUAUCCAGGCAAACACUCUCUUCCAGGAUCAAAGUCCGAACAUGGACCCAAAUGCUGCUUCCUUUGUACCUACCACAGCCAUGUCCAGCCCAAUUCUCCCCGCGGCGUCUGUCAAUGUCACUUACCCCGACUCUUCGACCGUCAAUCAGUCUUUGUGCUUGGCCUUGGUCAAUGAACAGCAGGCGCACAACUCGACCAGACUUGCACUGACCCAGGAAGUCCAACGUUGCCUGGGGUUGGAAUCACAGCUCAAAAAGAAUCUGCAGCAGAUCUCUAGCUUGACUGCCACCGUGAACAACCUGGGCGCCAUCAUCAAGUACAACGUAAACAAGGACGGUGCGACCAAAGAGGAGACCAGGAAGAAGGCACAUUCGUCGAGCGAUGUGGAGGAUGCGGAUCUGAAAGCAUUCUACCGCAAUCAUCCACGACUGAGAAGGAGUGAGGAAGAGCGAAAACUUCAUGAUGCGAUUCAACGACAGAUGGACGAAGUCGAAUCAAAAGAUCCAUCAACAACAAUCAUAACAACUGAGCCUGUAGCCGCGGCGCCAAACGUGGUGAAGCUCGACGAGACACAGCUCUUCAACCUGGAAUUGUUGAAAGACCCUAAAUUCGACGAUUCACCAGCAUCGGCUUUGCGACGCACCCUUCGUAAACACUUUGCUAUCGCCGACGACAACAAAACCCAGGACAAAUCACCAAUAACUCCUGUCAAAGCAACAGUCAACGGGAACAAACUCAUCGACAUCUCGCCUGAAUCUCCAGAAGGAGGUCAAGAUAAGAUGGAUAAGAAAGAACUCGCGAAAGGCUCAGGCCUCAGGGGUGGUCACAGUGAUAACAACAAAGAGGACGAGAUUGGAGUAGGUGCACCUCAGGCACAGACAAAGCCUCGUCUUCUGACAGCCGAAAACCCAGUACUUCGACUCCCAGCUUCGUUUCUCGCAAAGUAUGGAAGGAAGUCUUCCUCGGGAGAAGAACCACUGCAAGACCAGGACACUGCCGAGCUGACAUACUAUCACCAGUCAAAUCAGCCGCAGGUUGGAGCGAAUAUUCCUGACAUCACCAGCCUCCACGUGUCGACUCUAGGGAACGUCGGUUUUGAAAACGUGAACGCCAAUGACAGAGAUGAGAAGCCGGGAAUGCAAACACGUGGUGUCGAGGACGCUGCUACAACCCCCACUGCUGUGGCAUCUUCCGGUUGUGGCCCAUCAGGACCUGUUCGUCUUACUGUCCAGCUUCCCAGCCACUUCGAUGGAGAGCCGAAGUGGUUUGUCAACAAGAACAAGCCAAUCUUCGCCGAUGACGCCGAGCUUAUGGAAGCGGUCGCGGGCGCAGACGCAGUCUGGGUCAGGAACAGCCCGUUCGUCGAGCACCCAGUUCGAUACCUGCCUGAGAGUGCCGCCGCUACGCCAAACGCAUAUCGCACCGUCAUGGUCGAUCAAAUUCCGCUCAACACUACGCUUGAGGAUGUUCUGGCCGUUGUCCGCGGAGGAUCGUUGGAGUCCAUCGAGCUCCAUGGCCCUGUCGGUCGAGCAACUUCCUUCAUGACCGCUCGUAUCGUCUUCAGCUAUGAAACCGCGGCGAACACCAUGUACAAGCAACAAGAGAAAGCUCCGUUUGAGAUCAACGGCGCGACUGUCCGUACCUGGAAGCCUAUCGAUCCGACAUACCCUUGCAAUGGCGAAAUUGAGGAAGCGAUCUACGGCGAUGAGCAAGCCACGAGGAUUCUGUUGAUUGGUAACAUCAACGACGAUGACUACUCCGUUAUCCCACUGAAGCUGGCACGCCUCAACCUUUCUGGCAGAGUGAUCGAGUACAGUUGGACUCACGACGGUUAUGGCUCCCUCGAGUUCACUGAUGUCAAAAGUGCAUACAAGGCCAUGAAAGAGUUGAAGAGAGAUCGGGACCUCGUUGGUGCAAUCUUCCGUUAUGACGAUGACUACACUAUGAGUGACUAUUAGUCGGAUCAGCGACGAGAGAAAAGACAAGCGAUCCACUUGCGAGCUGCUUUGAGGGUUGAGAUGUGUGAAAGUUGGCAUAGGCAUACCGCAAAAACAAGCAACAUUAUCGGGUGAGCUCGCCACCACCAGGCACGAGCCUUAGUCCUCAAUGAUAGCACUAUGAAUAGUGGCACAGCCUUAGGAUGGCAAUCAGAGUCUUUAUUUGCUUUCGAGGGCACCAAAUCACACGGAAGAACGCUUGAACUUUUCCACGGGUCGUACCUCAUCGUGACUCAGCAGUAAAUUGUGGCUAACCCGAUGAGACUCUCUAGAAAUGAAAUUGCCGCACGCCAUACAUAGACAAGGUCUAUCC